CGACAGAGAACUGCGAUAGUCGGCGACAGGCGGCGGGGCGGAAGGCCGGCUGGCCGGAGGGCAUGAGAGCGGCCAUCGAGCAUGUCCGGGGGAGACAGAGACUCCGAGGUGGAAGAAGCAGGACAAGUUUUCCUGCUUAUGAAGAAGGAAUAUCGGAUUUCCCGCAAUGUGAGAUUAGCUUGGUUUCUCAACAGAUUGAAUCAAAACAUUCGACCGAUGUCAAAGUCUGAGCUUAGCAACUCCAGCAAUGAACUGGAUGUUCUCAGUGUCCUACCAAAAGGCUGGCAGCCAGAUGAAUCAAUUGCUAAUCAAAUGUACCAACUGGUACCCUCAACCCAUAUUACCUUCCUUGCUCAGCGAUACCGCUUUGUUAUUGAACUGGAUCUCAGUCCGUCUACAGGGAUUGUGGAUGAUUCUACUGGAGAGCUGAUUUUUGAUGAAGUAUUUCACGCACUCUCAAAGUGCUUAGUGGAAUUGCUGCGACCAUUUAAAGUCCCGGGUACGGACAUAGUGUUUCAGCCAGAGAUCUACAUUACUAUUCUCGCUUAUUCUUCUAUUAUAGGACUUCAGUCUCACCAGGUUCUAGUACAAGGCUGUUUAUUGGACCGAAGUAGCUUGGAUACUUUCCUUCAGCAUAUCUAUCAGCAGUUACGAGCAUUUGAAAACAAUGUAGCUGAAGUUCUUCAACAGUACUACAAGCCCAAAAUGCAGUCUGAUAGGCCCAUUUUAUCCCAAGGGGAUGCUAGUGACUUCUAUGAUCAGUCUUCGCGCAAGAUGACUUUUUCAAUGGUAACACCAGAUAUGGGACUCGUCAACAUGAUCCGCAAUGGAAUCCUAGCACUUCAGCUGCUGCCAUUUAACUCCAGUGCAGGUAUAAUAAUCAUCACUGAUGGUGUAACAAGUGUACCAGAUGUCGCAGUGUGUGAAACAUUGUUAAACCAACUGCGUGGUGGCACAAUUGCUUGUUCUUUUAUACAGGUUGGAGGUGUGUAUUCGUAUGAUUGCAGCUUUGGUUAUGUACCAAACUUGGAGUUAAUGAAGUUCAUUGCCAUGGCAACGUUUGGAUCCUACAUGUCCACAUGCCCAGAAAGCAGCCUCAAUAUGAAUGCAUACCACAAAGCAUUUCUACUAUACAGCUUUCUGAGACCUGGAGAAUCAAUGAACCCAGAAUAUUACUGUGUGUCCCAACAUAAACUGUUCAAUGAGCACCUAGUGUCUGCCAGCAGUAAUCCCGCACUGGCCAUGAGACGAAAGAAACAUGCUGAGAACGAGGUGCAUGCAGACCUGACCAGUGUUGUCUCAGUACGAUUGCGUGAGGGCUACACAGUGAAGGAACUUAAUAUCACUAAAGGUGGAACUCAAUUGGAAGUGAAACUGAUGCUGCUAUGGAAACACAAUAUGAGAAUUGAAUAUCUUGUGGUAGCAUCAUGGCCUCUAGAUGCAGCUAAACGCUUAACCUGGGUGGAGGUAACAAUGGAGGGCAGCUAUGAUAUGCUUCAUGACAUUAGCUGCACGAUGAGGAAACCAAUAACCAGUCCAUAUCGCACCACAGUUAUCCGGCGGUUCUGGAACACACUGCAGAGUAUUAAUCAAACGGAUCAGAUGCUGGUUCAUCUCAAAUCCUUCAACACUAUCCCUGAGCAUUACACCAUCCCAGAGAGCACGAAGAAUGGGGUUCCAUUAUUCUACAUCCCACCAGGAUCUACCACUCCGGUGCUGUCAUUGCAACACAGUGGCUCUAAGGACUCCAGCCAGUCCCAGUUUUCCUCUUACUGGAAGCCUAUCUUGUCUAUGGAUGCCAGCUUCUGGCAGCGGUGGCUUCAUAUGCAUCGCAUUGGCAUACUAUUGGAACAUGAUAUUCCAGUGCCAAAACAUAUCCAUACGCCAGGAAGUAAUGGCCGCUACAGUACCAUCCAGUGUCGUAUCUCUCUCUCUGCACUAACAUCCCUCCUGCGGGAUUGGAGCAGUUUUGUGCUGGUAGAAGGAUACUCCUAUGUUAAGCUUCAUUACAAUGGAACAGAUCAGCCUCCUUCUUCCUUUUACCUUGUCCGAGUUAUUUCCAAAGCUCCAUGCAUGGUCCUUCGUUUGGGAUUUCCCAUUGGAAUGCAAGCUCAAGCUCGAAAUAAGAUUGUCGAUGAACUGCGAGAUCAGAUACUUUCACUUCGCUUUCCCCAAAGAGUGCAAAGCAAAGAAGCAACACCAAAAGUCAAGAGGAAACAUUUGGGCAACGCCUCUCCUUCAAAGUCUCCUCCUCUUCCUGCCACACAGCUGGCACUUUCUGAUCGACCCUGUGUUGUAAUACUGAAAAAACCAUUGGAAAAGCUUCUCAUUAGGUAUGAGAAGCUUCCAUCAGACUAUCGAACUCCUUUUAUCUUGAACUUAGACAGCUGUGGACAUCCAGCAUCUAUGUCAGGAGCUACGACAAUGGCAACUACUCGCACAGCUUCCUCCACACUUGCCUCCUUGUCUCGUUACUUCUAUCAUCAGCGCUGGAUAUGGUCUGUGCAGCCAGGUUUGGGCCCAUCAGUACCCAUCACUUCUGCAGCACAGAUACUUUCUAUUCUCACUGAGAUUCGUUUGUCUGAAGGGUUCCGCUUUGCUGCCACUGGAGAUGGCAUUGUCACCAUGGUGAUUGAGUUACCUAUGAAGGGCAGUUCAAGAUGUGAUGCUGAUAAUGAUGUGCUCCAUACAUGCCUAGUACAGUACAUCAUCUUUCCACCUCAUACUACAUCUACCAAAGACAGCUUCUCCACAGAUGACGAUAAUGACACUGAAGUCGAGGCAAUUGAACUUGACACAGAAUUGAAUUUAGUGACUGAAUGUUGGGUGGAGCCUCAGAGUGGUCAUGUGGUUACCUCUGCUGACAGCCGAAAGUACUUGAAUGGAUUGUCCUAUUUAGACAUCCCAAAAGCAAUUUUUCCACAAGACUAUGCAUGUGUAUCUUCCAUGUUGACCUUUGAACAUCUAAGUCAGCUCUGUCAGAAUAAGGACUACAUCUUGCCACUUUGGGGGUCAAGGAACACAGAAGCAGGUGAUUAUGAAGCAGAGAAUGAUUUUAUCCGAGCUGUUCCAUUCCAGUUCGAUUUGAUGAAACUUUUAUCAAAGUGUCAACAAAUAGAACUGUUUUUCCACAUGUUCACUAAAGCAGAGAAUGAUGAGAGUACAAAGGAGACUACCUCUUUACCCAAUGAGAUCCUGUUAAAUCUUUUCCAUAGCUAUUUGCAACAGGAUCUCAGUGAUCGGGAAUUGCCAUUAGCUGACUCUGACCACAUGACAUUUAUGCAACAAAUCGUACAACGGGAUCGGAAUGGUCAUCCGAUGCCUUUCUCGCUACCACAAGCUAAAGACGAACCACUGAAAGUGACCAAAAUGUUGGACAGACAAGAUACCAUGAUGUCAUUGCAUACCCUUGGAAGUAACAAAGAGGUCCUGGGUUCAACCAGCACCUUACAGAGUGUUGGCAAUCCUGAGAUGACAGAGGAAAAUACACUGCCAGCACCAGAGAAGAGCACACCGCAAUGGAAAUGCUAUGCCAGGUUUGUGAAUGCACAGCAAAUCCUGCUCAUCUUUUUGCCAGCCACGUUUGCAGAUGUGCAGCGACUGAUUGCACCUGGGGUCGAUGAGAGCACAAAGCAUUCCAGAUUAGAAGAUGAUGAACUCCUCCAGGUGGAAAUGAAAGAAUCAAUGAUGAGUGAGCACCCUGGCGUAUUUAGUGCACCCUUAACAAUAAAGAAAUCUGAGUUGAGCAUCGUCGAGGAAACACUUGAAAGCAAAGCUAGCCAAGUUGCAGUCAGUGCAUCGAAGAAUAACAGCAAAAAGGAUUUUGUGACAACAUUGCAUUCCCCAGGACAGGAAACCCAUUCUGCCAGAUCUACACCUCUCCUUUCUCCAACCUUGGCAGGUGGUAAUGACAUAUCACUUACUGAAUCUGAAAAGGAGAAAAUACAACCUGAUACAGACUCAGACAAUGUGGCUUCAGAAGUAGAAAAGGAACGCGUAGAGUUCAGUUUGCCUUCCAAAAAAGACUGUCACAUCACAUUCAGCCGACAGACUUCUCAGAUUGACUUGUGUGACCCAAAUCACCUUCGAUGUCCUGUCUACAUAUACAACUGCUCCCUGGAGUUGUUAAGGGAGCAACUUGUGAAUUCUUGCGCUGAACGCUCUAAAAAGGACAUUUAUUUCAGAUCUCAAGACAAUGUUUCCUGGGAACUGUAUCAGGAUUUGAAAACCAGAUCGUUGUCGCAGGAACGGCCAGCAAACUCAUCCUCAGUGGAUCCACAAUCUUAUCUCCACAAGAACAAAGAACUCACCAACUACUGCAACCUUAUUCAAGAGCAUUACCAUCAAUGUUAUGUAAAAGGUGUAUUUAGAAGUUUACAGCAAUCAUAUUACAUCAGCUCUCAAGACCUGCUUACAGCUAUGGACUACUGUGAGGAAUUGCUGCAGGAAAUUGAUAUCACCACUUUUCUGCAAACACUUUGUGGACAUAUCCGAUCAUUCCGUGAAAGUCAUGACUUGCAGCGUUGGAGUGAUCAUGACUCCAACCCUACAUUUGUGAUUGGAGGAGUAGAACCUGAGGAUGACCGGGUCCAGAGGGGAGUUCUUGCAUCUACUUCAAGUAUAGAGACUGAAGACCUCAGUGAACAAGAUUUGAAGAGUGUACAAUCCAGUGUUGCGUCUCCAGUGACACACGAAGAACCAAAAGCGAAGAAGAUCUGUCUGGAAUUUCCUCUAUCAUUUCUUCAGUCCAGCCAACAUUGUGAGGUCUACCCCAACUUGCAUAAAAUCAUUCAGGACAAAUUCCUUGAGAUUGGACGGCAACAUUUCAAGACUGUGCCUUCAAAUCCUUAUUAUUUCUUUUACUGUCCGCCCUCAGCGAAGCGAGAGGAAGAAACUUAUCAAGAUGAAAGGGACCGAAAACAGAGUGAAGAAAAUGAUCUUUCGGAGUUGGAGAUUGCAGGGGAGGAGGGCAAUAUAUCUGGUUGUGGUGUAGUGACAGAGAGUGAUCCAGACCUGGAAGUGGAAUAUCGAGAAAGAUCUGACAAAGAAGUACAGGAUGCAGAAUCACUCUCAGAUACAAACACUAUGAAUAGGGAUGAUGAUUCAUUCAGUGUCCUUGGUGGAGAUUCUUUAAAUGAACAAGACAUUUCAGAUCAGGAAAUGCCCCCAUUAUUUGUUCAUCUCACUUGCUCAAUUGGUGGGAAGAAGCGCCAUGGACCAUUCUCUGUAGAAUCCAUACCAGUGGAGUCAUUGCCUACUUGCCUUGGUGAAAUUAUCAGCUGCCCGGAGAGCUUCCCAGUCAAAUCAAUUGAUCUAAAUGACUUAGUUGUUACUCUGGACAUUUUUGUGCUGACUCUUCCAUUGGAAAUUGAGAUUAUGCCAACACAUGUAAACCACCACAGGUACACAUCUGAAAGCAGCAGCUCUAUGAACCGAUCACCAGGCCAACCAUCAUCAUAUCGAUCUGAUGACGAGAUAAUGCAAAACAUUGAUCGACUUGUUUCUACCACAGAUGAAAGGAUUACUGAGGCUUUGUGUGAUCCACUGUCGAAGCUGCCUGUGUUGCACAAGCAAGCUGUUCUCGCUACAAUGGAUGAGAUCCAUUGGCUUCUGGAGGAUGAGAUUGUUUCAGCCUUGCGUCAUUCAACAAAUAUUACUUUAGCUACCCUACAGAAAGUUGCAGAUCAUGUGUACAUUUCAAAAGAAAGACCACGAUGCCACAGCAAAGUGGUUCCCUUGAAGUUUGUUUUUGGUCCAGAGGAGUCACUGGAGAAAUUUAAAGAGGAAUUUAAGCGCAUGAAUCUUCCAGGAUACCUCCUCAAUGAGGAGGCAAACAACUUCUACUAUCUGUCUGUGAGUCGCUUGCAUGCACAAAGAAUUGAAGCAGCGCAGAAAUGUUCCACAGACCUAGCACAGCAUAGCCUGGCAAGUGAGUGUGUGGCAGUCGCAUGUGAUGAGAGUGCAGAUGCAGAAGUAGCUCUGAUAUGCCAUCAACAACAGGAAAAUUGGACUGAACAAAUGGAAGUGACAACAGCAUCAAUAUUAACUGAGGGAGAGAAAAGUGAAGAAAAAUUGCAGGUCUUGAAGAAUGAAAACAAACCAACAUCUGAGAGAACAGUGAUACCUGCUGUGACUAAUGAAGCAUAUCUUACGUCAACUGAAUUAGUUGAAGAGAGCAUGGAAGGGAAAAGCUGUCUGUCUAUCAGCCAGUCUGAUCAACAGGAUCAAGUAUUUACAGUGAUCAAGCCUGACCGAUCUCUUACUAGUACACCUCUCCAACAGUCAAGCCCAGGACCUGAGAGAGUACCAGUGGCAAAUCCCCCAUCACAGGCCUCUUCUGCUGUGAGUCUCGUCGAAUCUGUGCAGUCCAAUAUACCUGGCAGUACAGGCUUUUGCAAGCUGAGACCAAGCCGAGUACAGAGUGUGGUUUCCAGUCAGGGCAGUCUGGAUUCUGAUCUAUUAGGAUAUGAUGGAGGCAGCAGUGAUUCAGAGUGCGAAGGUGCUACCAUGAAUGAACAGGACCCAAAAUGUCCCCUGAUGCCUGACUUUUGGCUGAUCAUCAGAAUUCACCAUGAUCGAGUUGAAGUUUAUUGUCAUACACGGAAUCUUAUUGGGAUAAAGGAUGAGUCAGAAGUUGAAGAAGAGGAAGAACUCGAAUACUUGCGUCUCUAUAGAAUAGUGAUUGAGAAAAUUACGGAGAUUUGUCGUAUGGUCAACCAGCGCCUGUUACUUCAGGAUCUGCAUGACAGUCAUGUCUGUAAUUCAUUGCUUGUCGCUGAAAGUGAAGAGGACAUCUGGAAGAAUGAAACCCCCUAUCCUUCAUAUCGUCCACGGGCUACAGCUAGUGAUGACUAUUCAACAGAUGAUAAUUAUCAGUCAAAGGAUUACUUGGCUGCCACAAUGCAUUUUAUGGCAGGCCACUUUUCUUGUGAAGUGGUGUGGAAGACCAUCAUACAUAUCCACCCUCGACUCAAGAUGGGGCCUAACAUGGGUGUCGCGAGAGCAAUUCAGGCCCUGAGAUCUGUUCUAAAUGCUUUCUCGGUUGUGAACAGGAAAAAUAUGUUUGUCUACCAAGAAAGAGCCACCAAGUCUGUAUUUUACCUAAGACUGUCUGAAACAACAUGCAGUGGCAAUCCACUGGACUGGGACAGGGAGAGUCAGCCCCCACUGUCUUCUCGUUCACUGGCUUUAACACGUAGCCAGGAACCGAUACUUGUUGAUGAACUAGGGAGUUCCAGACCCUUUGUGGAUUCCACUCCCUCUCGAACUGCAGAGUCAUCCCGACCUGUUGGCCAAGUAGAUAAGCACAUUCUACUGAUGGUACAUGGUGUUGGACAAGCAGGACCUGAAAUCACAGAUGAGUUGGUGAAGGUUUUGCGAAGACGUUUAGAUGAAGCAACACUUGAUAUCAUCACUGUCAUGCUGGUCCGGAACUGCAAACUGACCCCUGCCGAUGUAGAGUUUAUACAGCCGCCUGGCACACCACCAACUGAAGUGGUGCAGUUCACAAUCUCAAACUGCUGUCUACCUUGGCUGCAUGCUGUCGCAUAUUACCUGCGUCAGAACCUACUGAUAUUCCUUCAUACUCCAAAGUACACAGACAGUAAUGUAGAACACCACUUCCAGCACUACACGCAUGGAAAAAAUGUAUCUGAUGCAGACAUCUAUCUCUACAAUAAACCUGGUGGUCAAGGAACUGGUGGGAAAGGUACCAUGGUGGAACUUGUGCAGCAUCUAUUUCCACCCUCCCAGUUCCAAGGCAUUGCCUGUAUUGCCUUAUCUAUUGUGGAUCAACAUGGAAAUCCCAUACUGACAACACAGCAGCAAGAGCAAACAGACCCUUCCAGAUUAUGUUUUCCCAUAGAUCUCAUUCAGGAAGCAGACUUCAACAAACUGACCUGUGUCUCUAGAUAUGAGAGCAACUCCGAAGGAAAAAUAUCUGACCCCAACACCCUUGUACGUUUUGAUAUUUGGGAACAGGGAAACAUCAGUCUAUUGCAACUUACUGAAAAACUUCAGAAUGGUCUUCGUCAUGCUCUUUGUGAUGUUGUUAUGGAAUUUCGAAUGCUCCAGUGCCCACUGUGCGUGGAAUCCUACUGCCCUGCCAUGGUCACACCAGAGAGUGACACAAAUGGUCGACUCAGCAGGUCAGGGUCAGAGAUUAAAGAAGCAAUUGCCCUUUCUAGCAGUUUGGCUGGAAGUAAAAGCAGCCCUGUACCUGUUUCCACCCCUGGCAACUCGGAAUCCACCACUCCAACAAGCAAGACAGGCCGACGCAGUUUCUGGGAUAUGCUGAGUAAGACUGAUUUCUCUGACACUGGCACCCCUAAGACCACAGAUGACAUUGUUCUGGAAAGGACCGAUGACAGUCGUAUUCGUCGUAGGCACAAAACAGAACAUUUGAAGCAGUCUUCUAGUCACGACCGAGCAUCCACAGUGGAACUGGAACAAACACAGAGACAGGCAGCUUCAAGAAGGAAGCGGACUGGCCAGUUGGAGGAAGGAGACCUGGGAUCUCUUCAUCCUCUCUUUCACGUCACAUGUCAGCAGUGGAUGGCAUUCAUGGGUGUGCUGGGAUGUCCUUCCGUACAACAGUGUUCUGUUGAUAUUGGUUCCCGAUUUUUACUCAGCUCCAUUCUCACUGAGAUUGUGAAUUUGAUCAGCAGUCUUGCCACUGACACAACUGUUAAAAUCUUUGAAAAAAUUAGUUCUCCGCAUGGUUCCACUUUCCUGCCAUAUUGUCUCAGUCAACACUCCUCUACUCGGCCUGGUUCAGCCAGACAAUUCAUUCUGAUUGGACGUAAUUUCCACCAGUGGCGUUACAGUACAGAACAAGUUGACUGUGAUGGUGGUGAAAACAGACCUUUGGUAAAUAGUGUCAAACCCCACAAGGGAUUUCAGAAGUUUGAAGCAGUAGAGUUCAAUACUGCUGAGAAAUCGGGUGAUUCCUCAAGUCCGGGCAUGAGUGGAAAGAGUAUGAUCCCCCGGCAGCGAUUCCUCAUAAUUGACAUCAUUGAUAAAAAGCUGACACUUUAUACCUAUAACUGGUCAGUGGAUCUGGGAGUUUCAUUGAAUCGAGGAUUGAUUCGCCUUAUUCAGUGGCAAAAUGCACGCUCUCAUGUGGUACACUGCCUCCUCAGUCAAAAGAUGGGUCUCUUCCAUCAUUACUGUUUUGCUGACACACCUGUAUAUGAUGACUCUAAACAGGAACCAAAUCCUUUCCUUCAGUCCACAUUGGAAGCUGAUGCACUGAUCAAGAGCCCAACCCCGCCACCAAGUAAAGAACAGGGGCGGCUGAGUUCGACAAACCGGAGUCUUCCAGUUCUCCACUUUCCACCAGAGAUUGUUCCAUUUGAUGAGGCCUUGCGUGAUGUCACUGUGCCUAAAGUGAUGCGACAGUUGCACGAUGUGGGGCUGAAUGACCCAGUCUCACGUCAUGGCACACAGUUCCUAGAAAUCAAAAACUUGGAGCGGAAAGAGAUGGAGAAACAGAUGAAAAUUGAGAACCUAUUUGUGACAUGGCAGCAACGUUCUGCGCAGUCCAACAUGCCUAUUACACUUGGUGACUUGGAUACCCUGAAACAGUCUUCACGUCUUGUUCAUUACUGUGCCACCCCACUGCUGAUUGAUCCCGUUUUUAGGCAACAAAUCCAAGCAGAGCAGCAGAUUGGAUCUGAGGGAAAGAAGCGUCAUCGUUCUAAUGACUCAACUGCAUCCGGAAGAGACCGGAGUCAUAGCUGUGAUUCUGUGGAAACAAUGCCUUUUAAACUAAAGGAGGAACAGUGGCUGGGAGAAAUCUCCAACGCAUUCAUGCAGCAGUACAUCCAGUACUUACAAAGCAUGGGCUUUAUCCUCGUGCAGGUUCGCCCACCUUCUCCUACGAGGAGUUUGGGGCGGACUCGGCCACUGGACUCACGACCUGUUUCUAUUCACAAGCAGAAAAGUGAUGACAGUCCAAAGAGCACGGAUGGCUCCUGUGUAAUGAUCUACCAUCUUCAAAGGGCUCUGCCAGGUGGAAUUGUACUUAUGGAGCUUGCUUUCCAGGGCUGUUACUUCUGUGUGAAACAAUAUGCCCUUGAAUGCUCCCGGAUUCCAAUGGGACAGUCUGUCAAUUCUCAGGGCUCUCUAGUGUCCAAAGCUCGCAUCAAGUGCCUUGCCGAAGUGAGUUCGGUCUCAGAGUCAGCGCUGUCAAUGUUGUUUACAGAGGAGUGUGACAAGGUUCGGGACCUGAUGCAUGUUCACUCCUUUAGUUAUGAUUUCCACCUUCGUAUCAUUCAUCAAUACUUGGUCGGCCGUCAGAUGACUCUGAGGCAGGGCUACCAUUUGACUAGCUUCCUCGAAGAUUUUAUCUGUCACCAUCCAGAUAUUCCAAAAUAUGGAAGGAACCACAUCUUUGAAGGGACGAUAGCUUUGUCCACAAACAUGACAACUGCUCAUCAACUGUACAACUAUAUCACUGACCAUGCCAGUAUAUAUGGAAUGAAACCAUUGCGUAUGUCAAGAACAGCAAUGGGUAUGGAGGGAAGAAAGGGGACCCAGAACACAGAAAUGCAUGAGUAUGCAUUAGUGGCUCUUUGGAAUCGAUCUGGAUCAUACAAAGAUUCUGAAGGAAUCAGACAUCAUGAUGAGUUUGAUGUAUCCUUAUUGGUGUGUCAUAGUGCGGGUCCUUUUGAAGAGCUACCAGAAACAGAACGCAACAUGCUACGAUUACGUUUCUAUGUGAUCAUGACAAGCUGCCGGGAGUUGUUCCCAAGACUAACUGCUGAUAUGAGACGCUUUAAGAAAUUACCACACACUCGUAAGGACUCUUUUGAUUUCACAAGAGAUUCCUCAUUGUCAGAAAAAUAUGAACCUGAACAGAGGGAGACUGACCCAGAUGGCUGGGAUGACUCUAGCGAUUCCAGUGAGUUUUACUUGCACAGGAAACCAUCGAAGAUGGUUCCAGAACUAUUCUAUUCCUCUCCACUCUUCCCUUUGUUGGCAUCUGAGGUAGCAACAGCCCAAGAACAGAUUACAAUGAUGGUUCAGCAAGCAAAGUCCCACUGUCGGCGUGAUGUCCUCUGGCAACGCCUCUUUUUGGGAGAACAUCUCUCUUCAGAUAAACACAAAAUGAGCAAGCUGUCCUUUGCGGAGCUGGAAGAGCUACUUGGAGCUGUGCAUAGUAAAUCAAUUUCUGAAAUUGACCCACAACUGGAUUGCUUUCUGUCAAUGAGUACCAGCUGGUAUCAGAGUCUGAUCAAGGUUUUACUCAACCGAUUCUCUCAGAGUUGUCGACUGUUUGUAGAUUCAGAUAGAGGAACUCAGUACUUGGCAGUGCUGAACCAGAAGUUUAUUGAUUGUUUUGUUCUCAUCUUCCUUGAUUCACAGUCUGCAAAGACGAAUCUGAAGGUUGUAUUCCGAGAGCCACUUCCUGCGCAACCACAGAACAGUGACAGCCCACUACCUCAGCUCGUAUCUAUGUACUACCACCUGGAGUCUGUCAUCAAUACAGCAUGCUUUAAUCUGUGGACUGGCAUGCUACAGUAGCAGACAUCAAACCUACCUGCUUUUGGACUAAUUUGCUUUAUUACAUUGACUUUCAUAUUCACAAAGUUACUGUUCAAUUGCUCACGGCAAGAAAAUGUGUUGUUGUGUAAUCCCACACAGAAGUAUUGAUUUUAUUAUGAUUCAAACUUCUUAUCCCUGUAUGUUCACAUACUUUGAAUACAGAAGCUGUUGGGACAUCCAUUGCUGACUUCCAAAAGUUAGACAGUCCAACAUUGUUGGAUGUUUGCACUUCUUAAUUUAUUUUCUUUUACUGAAUUUAAAGCUUAAUAUACUAAUAUGUCAUUAUAUUUUCUUUGUUUUUCCUUUAAACCUCUUUCUUCUUUUCCUUCCUUCAUCUGUUUGUUUCAUCCCUGUAUGAGACAAGUCAACUCAGGAAGGUUGAAGGGCUUUGUGUAGUUUCAACUAAAAUGUUUAUCCUGUUGCAAAACAGCACUGUGGCUGUUCGAUAAGCUCCAUGAUAGGAUAGCCUUUCCCUUUUUGCCACUUCCUCCUGGUCCCAAUCAAAUUGAUGAACUGACAAAACUCAUCUUAGUAUUGUGGAAAGAUUGAGCAAUGAGACCCAGUGGGGAUGAGAAUUUGAGACAGUCCAGUUUUUGAAUCUGAACCAUUUACUUUCAUUAGGUAUUGUCACAAUUUUACGUGCACUGGAAAGCAAUCAGAUAUAAUUUACUGUGAGAUUCACAGGUACCAUCUUUCUAAAUUGCAGGUUUGUUUUCAUUUUAAAAGAUAUAAAACAAAAUCCUAAUUCCUGCAUUUCAUUCACAUUGUUCCUGUAUCAGUGAAAUUGUUUCCAUUCGUAGCCUGAUAGAGGUGUUGCUUUAAGCAUGGCUUCUUCACCACUCCUACAGUGGAAUAAAGGUGACGCUGCACUUGGGAAUGGAAUGCUCGAAGUGCAUAAGAAGUACCUUUGGUUUUAAAGCACAUUCCUUUAUAGAAUUUUCGACCGUCAACUAUAUACUUAGUUGCAGCUGCACAAUGUCCCCUUGUUUGGGGAGAAUUAAUUAUAAAUAAAUAUAUUUGAUGUAUAUUUUGUAUAUAGUGAAAAUGGCUGAAUUAUCAUUGUAAAAUAAUAAAGUUCUAUUAAUCA